CAAUACAUCCCAUAGAGAAAAGAGCCGGCCACCACAUAUUAAUAGAGUCGAAUCCUUCCGAGUAACCCCGAUUAUUCUGAUUACCAUAUAAGUCGUAACUCUAAUCCAAUCACAGACCAUGUUGUAUUUUCAAAUUUCCAAUACUUUAUUAUUUACUACCACUACUCGUUUUCAAAUUUCACCUUCCAUUUAUAAUGAAGCUUCCCUCCAAACACCGCACAGAACCUCCAAACGGCCAUGUUUCUCUUAUCCAACCAUUCUCUCUCCCUCUCCAUCUUAAUCAUCUUCCUCAUCUCGCCGCCAUGUAUCACCGCCCCAAGGGCGGUGCCGCGGGAAUACAAAUCAAACCAAGAAAGCGAAACGACAAUGGAGGAAAACUAUAGCAGUUACAAAUGGAAAAACAUAGGGAGCUUCGUGGAAGCCACGAGAGGCAGCCACGUCAGUGGAGUAUCGGAACUCAAAAGUUACCUCCACCAUUUCGGAUAUCUCCUAUCCGAAAAUACUACGAAUUUCACAAAUAUAUUCGACGAACCGCUCGAAUCGGCCAUCGCUCAGUUUCAAUCAAAUCUCGGACUCUCCAAAACCGGUAAGCUCGAUUUGGAUACUCUUUCUCGAAUCGCGGCACCGAGAUGCGGUGUUCCUGAUGAAACCACUGCGUUGCAUGGAACGAACCGUUUCGUUUAUUUUCCCGGAAAGCCUCGCUGGGCUCGACCAAUGCCGAUGACACUCACAUAUGCGUUCUCGCCAGAUUACAUGAUUAAAUACUUGAGAUUCUCCGAUGUAAAAGAGGUUUUCAGGCGUGCUUUCGCUCGUUGGGCUUCGGCGAUUCCUGUGAGUUUCAAAGAGACCGAUGACUAUGGCUUCGCCGAUAUCAAGAUAGGGUUUUACAACGGUCAACACGGAGACUCGGAGCCGUUUGAUGGGGUGCUGGGUGUGCUGGCCCACUCAUUUUCGCCGGAGAGUGGAAAUUUCCACCUCGACGCGGCUGAGACGUGGGCGGUGGACUUUGGAAUUGAGAAAUCGGCGACGGCGUUCGACUUGGAAUCGGUGGCGACGCAUGAGAUUGGACAUAUUCUAGGACUGGCACAUAGUCCGGUCAAAGAGGCAGUAAUGUAUCCGAGUUUGAAGCCUAGGGAGAAGAAGAUGGAUUUGCAGAUGGAUGACAUUCAAGGUGUUCAAGCUCUUUACGGAUCAAACCCUAAUUUUACAGUUGGUUCAUUGUCAGAGUCCGACAUUUGUACAAAUGAAGGCAUUGAUUUGGCAAGUAGAUCAUCGCCAAUGUGGGUCGGUUUCGUUUUGUUGUUUGUUUUGUACUUGUAAAAUCUUUUAGCACUUUCGUGGAGCUUUAUUUUCAGCUAGGAUAUAUGAUCUGCAGCACUCCUGAUACUAAUGAUCGACUGUCUUUUUUUUUUUUUUUUUUUAAUUAUCAUUCAUAAUUUUAAUUUUGAGGCCAAUGAAAUAGAUAUUGACUGCAUGUAAUUAAUUACAUAUAUAUGC